AUGGAUCAGAUUAUCCUCACCUCCCGACACGCAGCCGCUGUCAAGACUAAAUUGACGUUGGACCCGAGAUACAAGAACGUGCGCAGAGAAUCUGCCCCAGCUCAACAACUCGGGGGUGCCCAAAACCUCAUGCAUGUUAGUGCUGGAGAACAGGAAAUGAGACGUCCGCACUCUGGACCACCCUCUCUGCAUGCAAUACAAAAUAAGACAGAAUUGUCUGGACUCACGCGUAUUAUCAGUGGGGAUGAGGCCGACGAACCGGAUGAGUGGGAGAAAAUGCGGUACGAAUGGCGGCAGCGGAAAGUUCCCACACUGGACACGAAUAUCAUCGAAGGCGAAGUCCUAGACAAUCAAGUCUCGGGACAAUCGACGCCCACGGAGAAGGAUAAGAAGAACAUUGGAAGACCACCAUCGGAGCUCGACCAACAGGCCGUCAGGAUUCUUUCGGUUGCUGCUGUGAGUGAUGGUGGAUAUCAGCCGCGGCCAGCGAGGGUUCAUAUCCCGAUCGGCGGGCGUUGGAAAAGGGAUGAAAAGGGUGUUUGGAAGAGAUGA